CCUGAUGUGAGUGAACCAGAUGUCAUUUGUGAUGGUGAACCAGAACGCAGAAGUAAUCUAUUUGAAGAUUCUUCCUCCAUAACUGAUACGCUUUCAGCUGUUGGCGUGGACAAUGUGUUUAUACUUCUGUCAGCAUGGCGAUCAUCACCAACACACUUGUCGCUCCAAAAACGCAUGGAGGAAACAUUUGCUGAUGCAGGUGUCUCCAUUACGGUCACUUCACUGACGGAUUUCAUUUCGUUUGCAGUCGGAUGUGCAACACCAUUCCCGAGCGUUCAAAUGUUUUGUGCAUAUGCGGUGACAGCAGUGCUAUUCACAUACGUCUACCAGCUAACAUUCUUUGCCGGUAUCAUGGUCUACACAAAUCGUCGUGAGAUGGAUAACAGAAACUGCCUUACAUUUAUGAAGAUCAAAAAAGAUGAGUCCAAGAGCACUCACCAAGACCGUAGUUUUGAAAAGAAUCAUCUCCUGUCACAGUUCUUUCGCACUACCUACUCGGACAUCCUUCUCAACCCUUUCGUACGUGUCCUCAUCAUCAUUUGCUUCCUCAUUUACCUGGGUGUAGCGAUUUGGGGAUGUACGGAGGUAAAGCUGGGACUCGAACCAAACGAUUUGCUACCGGACAACUCGUACGGGAAGCAAACACUUCGCCUUGCUGAAAAAUAUUUUGCUGACUAUGGUAGCACUCUUCAUGUAUGGAUGUACAAUCUGUCAGAGGUGGACAUCGGUCCCAGACGUAUAUGGACAGUACUGGAUAAGGAAAUUGAGCUCUACGAGUAUACCGAGUUUACUGGUGCAGCUGACUCUUGGUUACGCACCUAUCUAGCUUUCACCAAGCAAUCUGGAUUGCUCAUCACACAAGAUAACUUUGUGUACAUCCUGAGGAAUGUGUUCUUGUCACAACCACAGUUCGGCAAGUAUCGACGGUAA